AGAAUAUGAAUCCAUGAUCUAUUUUACAAUUUUCAAUUUUUCCUCAGAAAAUUAUUAAUUAUUCAUGAAUUAUCUUGAUUGAUAAUAUCGAUAGUCUACAACCUACAUAACUGAAAGUUGACCUGCACAGACAAACAUGACUGAUCAUUGGAAACCAAACGAGGAAUAUUUACAUCACUUAAUUUCAAUGGGAUUCGUUCAUAAUGUAGCAAUUCAAGCCCUUUUCUGUACUGAUAAUAGGUCAAUUGAUGAGGCUGUCAACUACAUAUUCAGCCCAGAAGAAACACAAACUGCUGUACCUUUACCUGUUCCUGUCCAGAAUACUGAAAAUGCUGCUGAAAAUGCAGCAUCAGAUGAUGAGAGUGGUGAUGGAGAUAAUGAGGAUAUCCCAUAUUAUAAAAUGACUUUUGUUGUUAAUUCCUCCUUGAAAAUGGGUGUGGGUAAAAUUGCAGCACAAGUUGGCCAUGCCUGUCUAGGACUGUAUCGUGAAUUAGUGAAAGUGGAUAAACAAGAAGUUUUAGAUCUAUGGGAAGAUAUUGGGGAAAAGAAAAUUGUGUUGAAAGGCAAAGAUGAUGUACAUUUGAUGCAGCUUUUUGAAAAGGCAAAGUUGGAAAAUAUCCCAUGUUAUCUGGUCAAAGAUGCUGGACAUACACAGAUAGCACCAGGAUCUGUAACAGUUUUGAGCUUAUUUGGUCUGGAAGAAGAUGUUAACAAAAUUACAGGAAAAUUGAGUUUAUUAUGAUGGUAGUAAUAAAAAUACUGAUGAAAUUAAUUGAUCUUUGUAAAAAUGCAAUGUGAAGUGGGUAGCAAAGAGUGACAAAACAUUUCUCCAGUAAUCUAUAACUUUGCCCCAGCUCCAGCUUUUUGAUCUAUAUUUUGAAAUUGAAUAACUUAUUCUCAAGCUU